AUGAAUUAGGUUCUUGAAUCAUAGAAACUUAAAAACUAAAUGUCUCUCCAAACCUCAAAUAAGCAACUUAUAGGUCCUUUACUCUAUAAUUUAAAUAAACAUACUUCCUAUGUGUUUGCAGCUACUCUCCACAACGUUGUGUUGGAGGAAAGUUUUGAGAAAUGCCAUGAAAUCAAUGAAUAAAAAGACCACAAUUUAGAUGAAAACUAAUGGUAGGAGGUUAAAAGAUAGCUGUGGUAAAGCAAAAUAGAGAGAUAAGGGGGUUAGAGUUCGAAACAGUAAAAGUGUUUUUUAGUAUCUGCAGGAGCUGAUAAAAAUAUCUAUCUGUGGGAUAUUGAUGCUAUGCAAUUGUCAAGCAGUUCCUCAGUCCAAAUAAAGCCUGAACAAUUGCCAUAAUAUCCAAAUGCUUAAGAAAACUAAGGGAAUGAGAAUUAACACAAUUUGAAUUUUUCAAAGGAUGAAUUAGAUUUACGUCAUGUUAUUAUACCAUACUAACAAAAUCUUUAUGAGUUUAUCACUUGUUUGCUUAAUGUUGAAUUGAACUAGAAUUAAACAUACUUGAUUGUUGGUUAUGAAAGUAAUCAAAUAAUUAGAUAUCAAAUAUCUGGUAAAUAUUGGAUGAAGGGUAUCAAAAAAUAGAUUAGAUAUAUAUUGAAUUUAUCUGAGGUCUUAUAAAUAACUAAAAAAUUGCAUAGUCAUAAUGACGCUGUAAGAUCAAUGGUUUACUUUAACAACUAACUCUGUUCUUGUGGUGAUGACAUGUAGCUCUUAAUUCAGACUAUCGAUGGUAAGGUUAUCAAAAGGUUUUACUUUGAUAGCAUCAUCGAAAAUCUAUGUAUCUGGAAUGGUCAUCUGGUGUUUUCCCAUUACACUGUUAAUCUUAGGUCGACUAGCUAGAUGAAAGAAGAAAUCGUAUUAAUAUAAGGUAGAUUGUUAAUACCAGAUCAAAAUGAACAGAAUCAAAAUAACGCAAAUCAAUAAGCAGCAGCGGGAUUAAAGGUACAAGUAGACAAACACAGUUAUGCAUAUGGGUUGUAAUAAUGCUUAAUGAUUAUGGGGGAAAACUAAUAGAAUAACUUAAAUAUCUAAUUAAAUGUAUUGAAUUAUCACCCUUCAUUGGAAGAUGCUUAUAAUCAAGUUGAUAAAAUCACAUGUUUUGAGGUUUCAGACAAUUAGAAUAUUUUAUUUUCAACCGAGAGUGGAAAAUUAAUAAAGAUUAAAGAGCCACUCAAGAAUGAAAGCAAUCUAGAAAUCAAAGUUGAUUAGUAUAAAGAUGAAGAAAACUCAAAUCAACAAUACCAAUAUAGAAUAUUAAGUUAAUUCUAAAGUCGUAGUAAAAUUUAAGAACAUAACCUCAAUCAAAUAAUAAUGUCUUUCAUCAGAUAUGAAAAUAUGAUUUAUGUAUUCUACAAAAACUAGAAUUAAAAAGAAUAAGUGUUUUUGUAAAUAGGCGAGGAAAUAACUGAUUCCAAUAAUAAAUUUUAUUAAGUAGUUGAGAAUACUCCUUUAAGAAUUCAAUACUUAUCAAUCAAGUCGGAUCAAAUAGAUGAAAAUAUAAUUAGACCUUACGAAGUGUUUUUACAAAAUCCUUUAUUGAUCAAAGAAGGGAAUACGAAUAUAAUUUUGUUAUGUGGUGAUUAGUUAAGAUAUUAUAAGUUAUGA